AUGUACCAAUGUCCUGUGGCUCAUGUGGCUCCAGUGUGCAUUUUUUUAGCAGAAUAUGCAGACGAUGGAUACUCGCGAAAGGUGCUGUGGUUGAAAUGUGGAGCAAGCAACAAUGACCCAGUGGUCAUUGCCCAGAAUUACAUGAACUGCCUGACAGAAUAUGGAAUCAUUCCAAUGCGACUUCGUACUGACUGUGGCACUGAAAAUGGCACAAUGGCAGCAAUUCAGUGUGCCUUAAGAUCAUCUCACACUGACGACUAUGCUGGGGCUGCUAGUCAUUUGUAUGGCUCUUCAAUGGCAAACCAAAGAAUUGAAAGCUGGUGGUCUUAUUUUCGCAAACAAAGGUCUCAAUUUUGGAUGGACCUUAUGAAUGAUUUGAGAGAGCGAAAUCUCUUUAACAGCAGUCAUGAGCACACAUGCCUCCUGCGAUUUGCAUUUAUGGAUAUGCUACAACAUGACCUUGAUGAAUGCAGAAAAAAGUGGAACACUCAUACAAUAAGACCUGCUAAACAGUCUCGUUGUCCAUCUGGGAAACCAGAGGUCAUGUACAGCCUACCUCACAGGUUUGGUGGAACUGACUGUGGGUUUCCGGUUUCACUGGAGGAACUGGGGCCAUUUCAGAUUGAGGCAACACACAGUUCAUGUGGAGAUCGUCAUCUCCAGUCACACUUUGAGGAUCUACAAAGACAGAGUGGUCUAAUGCAGCCAAUGACCUGGGAGACCUGUGUGGAACUUUAUAUUAGAUUGAAGAACAUGGCUGAGUUGUAACAUCACUAAUACAGGUAAUAACUGUUGAACUUCAGACACUAAAGGUCAACCUAUCAGUUAUACAAUAAAAAAAUUAGUACAGUCCAAAACCAGGAGAGUUUUGUAUUCCAAAGUCCAUGUCCUUUUGAAACUCUUCAUAAGUU